AUGUCUCAACACUCCCUAGAAGGCGAUUUCAAGGGUCCAAUUCCCCCCCUCUUGAGCAGUAGAAUAGGCAUUUAAGACGGAGAUUUUUAAGCUCAAAGUUCAAGUAGUUUGAAUGCCCAUUCCCCUCGGCUGGUCUUUGGUUCAUAGACAAAUAUUAAUAAGCACUCGAAUGUGCUAUCGGCCAGCAUCGAGAUUGAAUGCCCUGCCAGCUUGAAGCCCAAUUUUAUGAAGCUCAUUGUGGCCAAAAGCAUAUAAAAUAAUUUCAUAAAGAAUCUAAUCAAUCGCUCGUAUGUAAGACAAUUGCAUUAAUUGACUUAAUAUCAAAUAUCUCAAUUGGAUGAUCUCCAAUUCUCGAUCGAAACAGCAGAGGUAAACAAGAAUUAUUAGAUCUUUGGAUUUAUUGAUGUAUUUACACCCCAAAGCAAAUUCCUAAUAUUUUGGAGUCUUUUUUAAAUAAUUACAUAUUUGGUAAUAUUUUUCUGGUUGCCAUUCAAGAUUUCAUUUGAAAUUUAUCAUCUUAGUUAAUUAUAUACUGAAUAAGAAAGUCUAACCGUUGAAAUCAUUUUAAUGGCUAUUUUGGCAUUCGAUAUAGCUAUUGGGAUGAACAUCGCAUUCAUCGACAAAGGACAGCUAAUAAAGGAUCGAUAAAAAGUGAUAAUGAAUUACUUUUAGAAGAAUGCAUUUGUUGAUUUAGUAUAAAUUCAUAAAUUAUUUUCGUGGUCUCAUUUGGAACUGCAACCAUUUAGUUUUUUGUACCCAAUUUGAGUUCAAAAUCCUUUGAAAUGAUCAUACUGUAGGUAGGCUUUUGUCUGAUCUUCUACUUUUUGAGAGUGACCAAAAUCAACAAUAUGUUGGCAUAAUUAUAAGAGUAAUUUAUAUGAUACAUCAAUAUGAAGAUUUUUUAACUUGAGCGAAUUAAUGAAUGACCUGGUGAACUUGAUGAAAGUGCUCCUCGUGAUUAUCAGUGUAGUUCAUAACUUUGGUUGUCUAUGGCAUGGCAUAGCCCAUUUCAAUCCCUCCUUUACUUGGCUUGAUGCUUACAAUUUUAGAGAUAGACAGAUUGGUUCAAAGUAUAAUGUAGCCAUCUACUGGGCAACAAUGACAAUGACCACUGUUGGCUAUGGAGACAUUACUGCCAAGAAUGAUUUGGAAUUGUUGAUUAAUAAUCUUACCAUGUUCAUUGGUUCUAUCGUGUUUGCAUACUCUGUGAAUAGCAUAGGUAUCUUGGUUACCAACAUUUACAAAAAUUCGUAAGAGUAUAGCAAGACGGUAAGUCUAAUCAAUAAGUUUAUGGUAAAGAACAGGAUUGAGUUUGAUUUGCAAACUAAAAUAAGGAGUUAUUUGGAAUAUAUCUGGAAGGAAGAGUAGGAGCAGAAUGAUGAUCAAGUAGGUGAUGUGAUCAGUAAGUUAAGUAAGUAAUUGUAAGAAGAAUUGCAAUUUCAAUUAAGAGGCAAUAUCUUGAGGAAAUGUAAGAUAAUGGUGAACACCUUUUCAGAGUCCUUGAUCAAGAAUCUCUUACAGUUGAUGGAGGAGCAAUCCUUUUCUCCAGAUGAACGCAUCAUAUCUGUAUCAAGUCUGUAAUAAGCCUUAGGUAAAUGAGUUGGAUGACUGUGCCUUGUAUAUAAUAACAAAAGGAGAGGUGGAGUUGAUCUUCGAAGGAGUAGAGAUGAAGGACAGAGUUAAACGAAACACCUUUAAGAAUUAUAGCCAAUGUGACAGUUUUGGAGAGUUCUCCUUUUUCUCAGGAAACCCGAGAACUGCUACUGCUAUAUCAAGAGGUUUCACAAGAGUGUUCAAAAUCAAACGGCAGGUCUUUUUGGAUCUCCUUAAACACCACCCUAAUGAUUAAGAGAAAUACUUUGUAAUAAGAGAAUCCUUACGUUUUGGAGAUUACAGUCCCUUAAAAUAACAGUGCUUCAGUUGUUAAAGUAAAUCGCACAUGAUUGUGGAUUGUAACUAUGUGCAUUUCUGUGUUGAUAAGGACAGAGUUAUUAAAUAGGAAACUUAUCCGAUCCAACAAGAAAGGACAAAUAGAUGUCAAAGAUUCACUCAGAAAUAUAAUGCCAGAAAUAAUCUAAGCACCAUUUAAGCCAAGGCUGCCAACUACAUUAAUGAUGUUAGUUUCACAAUGACCUAAGAUUAUGAGUCUCCCACUUAAGUUAUGCAUGACAUAUUUGAGGAUGCGGAAAUAGGACAAAGUAAUCAUAGUGCUCAUAUCACUAGACUAAAACAUAGCAUCUCUUGCUGACAUCAAACCAUCAACAGCCAGCAUCAAAGACGAUGAUCAACAAUAGCAGCAAUAACAAUCUAUGAUCAGCUUCAAGAACAACCUAAGCAAGUCUGCCAUAUAAACAUUCUCACUAGCAGGCUUUGGAAACAAACCUAAUCAGAAAAAGAAAUGUACUAAUGUGAAAUGAUGAUAUUUUAGUUUUAAAGGAGGAAGAGAUCUCUGAUGAGUCUAAGAACCAAUUAGAACCCGCUCAUUCUCGGCCUAAUAUUAUGAGCGUUAAAUAGCCCAGAUAAUCAGUCAUGACAUAGAAAGGAACUACACAUGCAACUGAUGCUAGAAAUUACAGGCCUUCAAUAGAUUUGAAAAUGAUGGGGAAUCCUCACCAAUCUGAUUUAAAUAUCAAAAGUCCAAGCAAUAACGCCAAAUCAAUUGAGCCAUCGCCUCAAGGACCAUAAAUCCAUCAAAACAAUGCAACUGUCAUUACGAACAUCACUCAACACAACAUCCCUUCGAGUACUUUGUGGGUGAACUAAGUUCUUUUGGGAUUUGAAAAAAUGCAGAGUUUUUAAUCUUAUCAUCCGAAGUACAAUUAUGAUUAAGUUCUUAAGAGGUAAGAGAAUAUAUUAUAGAGUAGAUAUGCUAAACUGCAAAAGUUCUUUGGUAAAAAGAGACUGUUACCUGAGUUCUCAGCUUAUUCCUUUUUCCAUGAGGCAAUAUCCAAAGGAGCCAAGUUAAGGAGGUUUGGAGAACUUCAAAAAGUAAAGAGAUCGCCUCGGUUGGCCAACUUUAACGUUUUUAAGCGAACCUUCAAGUCUAGUUUUGCAUUUGGUAGGUAAACAGGGAAGGAUAUGAAUUGAGUGUCGA